GGAAUGGAGAUGAAGCAUCAAGGAAUGCUUUCGGAGGCGGUUUCCCAAGGGUUAGUUCCGGGAAUGGAGAUGAAGAACAACAUUAAUAAUAGUAUUAUAAGUAGUAGUUAUGGGGACAAGAAGAAGAGGUUAACAAGUGAUCAGUUAGAUUCUCUGGAGAGAAGUUUCCAAGAGGAGAUUAAGCUCGACCCGGAUAGGAAAAUGAAGCUCUCAAGAGAGCUGGGGCUUCAGCCUCGUCAGAUUGCUGUUUGGUUUCAGAACAGAAGGGCUCGCUGGAAGGCUAAGCAGGUUGAGCGCUUGUACGAUACCCUUAAACAGGAGUUUGAUGCCAUCUCCAAAGAAAAGCAGAAACUACAAGACGAGGUCAUGAAACUGAAAGCUAUGCUAAGAGACCAAAUCACCUGGAAGCAAGUGUCAACGGGCGGUUACACGGAAAUCUCCGGCGGGGAGGAGACGGUGGAGAGCACGUCGGGCGCCAUUCGGAGCUCGAGCAUUAAGUCUCAAGGAACAAACCAGCAUCAGAUGGCUGCAGAUCAGUGCAAUAAUAUUUUCACUAUGGAGGAAUACAACCCAGUAUCACCUCCAACUAAUUACUGGGGACAUCUCCCUUCUUAUCCUUAG